AUGGCGAGAUGGAUAUGGAUCUACAUGGGAUCCAGUGAGCUUUCAAAUGGACCCUCGGGGCCGUCUAAGGCCGCGGUACGGCCACGCGCGGGUCCAAUGGCAACGGACAGCGUUUGGCGUCACAUUAGGUUGCCUGUCGCUGAGGUGCGGAAAUGCCCCCUUUCCGGUAUGGCCGAAAGUGGACUGAUCGAUCUCUCUCCUCGUCGCCGGUUGGGGGAAGAAAUUCGUCAUCUAUUCCCAUACGCAGACGGAGAUAGUGGACAUUCUGGUAGCGGCGCCAUGCAUCCCAUGGGCCCGAGGAACUGCAUUGGCUAUACCACGGGCGUCCAAGGUCUCGGACGCAGAGCGUGCACCGCCACCCCUCCUGAGAUAGUGCUUUGGGUGGUGGGCAUGCUUGCUCUACAGCCAUUUCAUCAAUUAAGGCGAUGGUGGCCCUUGGUUCAAGAUUUCGAUUUCGCAGUGGCACGCUUGAAAGAGAAGAUACAGAUCUUGCAUCCCAACAGAAGGCACCCAGGUGCCCGAGACUUGACUGCUGUCAUGGUCAUCCAUCGCGAGAGGCGCGAUCCUGACUUCUCGAGGGAAGAUGUUCGUCUUGGCGAGGUGAACGAGUAA